AUGCAUUUAAAUGGCAGAAGCUCGCCUGAAAGCAAAUCAGAAGCUCUGGCGUUUGACUUGCUGUGUUCUUACACUGUGAAAAUGACAUUCAAGUUGUCAAUAUUGUUUUCGUUUCUUGCCCCGUUGGUCGUAUCUGUCGAGUCAUUCUCUUCGAUAUCAGAGAAGAAGAGCUCUGUCAGUAAAUAUUCAGUGGAGUUCUCUGAAGGCGGGAAAACAUUUAAAGAAGAGAUUGCAAUCGACAUUACAAAGAGAACAGAGACUUUCCAUGUACCAAAGACAUCACCUAAUAAAUCAGCAGGAGAUAUAAUCUACGAUUUCAAAAAGCAAGUGACAAUGAUUCAUCUGCCAGCAGAAAAGGCUUGCUAUGUGGCGAAUUCAGUCGAUAAAACUCCCACACCCGCUGUUUUAAAGGAAGCUUUAGAGACGCAUACUUUCGGAACAGGUGAAGACGUACCAACCACCUCAACUGAAAUACAAAUGAAGGUUGUGGAACUGCUUGACGAUCGUUCAGUGCUGAGUAUUGAAAUGGAGGAUCUGUGUGCAAAUCUGCCAAUUUAUGUGGUCGUAAGAAGAGCUAUGAAACCAAAUGACAAGGAAGUUGAUGUGGAGUCUGAUGAGGAUGUUGAUGAAGUCAUUGAUGAGGAAGCCAGGGAUUUCCCUGAAAUAACCGAUCUAUAUGACAUUCCUAACGCAC